CUCGGUCUCAUGCAAACAACUCAAAAUCAGCUGCUUCAAGUUUCGAACCCAAGCAAAUCCCAUCACGCUCCUCCCCCUUUUCUCUCUCUCAAAAGCUCACUAGCUACCUCUCUAACCUUCUUGCACCACUAGUGUCAUUGAUCCAUGGCAACCAUAUCCACCAUGGCCAUGCUCAGGCCUAAGACCUUCACCCUCAACUCACUCCACAAUCCUACCUCCGCAAGACCCACCACCACCACCACCACCACAACACUAAAACCCAUUAACGUCUCGCUUCCCUCCAUCCAAAACAAGAGCAUCCUUUCCAACUCGACUGCCAAUUGCCCAUCCGCCGUCUCCGCCGCCAUCGCCGGCGCCGUCUUCUCCACCCUGAGCUCCGCCGACGCCGCCUUCGCCGCGCAGCGGAUCGCAGACCUCGCGGAAGGCGGCGACAACCGCGGCCUCGCGCUCCUCAUCCCCCUCGUGCCGGCCAUCCUCUGGGUGCUCUACAACAUCCUGCAGCCGGCGCUCAACCAGCUGGAACGGAUGCGCAGCGAGAAAGGAUUCGUCGUCGGCCUCGGCCUCGGCCUCGGCGGCGGCUUCGCUGCUGCCGGGCUAGUUUAUUCCACGCCGAGCGCUUCGGCGGCUGAGGAGGUUGCGACGAUGGCAGCGGCGGCGGCCGAGGGGUCGGGGGAUAGCAGGGGGCUGCUGCUGCUGUUCGUGGUGGCGCCGGCAAUCGCGUGGGUGCUGUUCAACAUUUUGCAGCCGGCGCUCAAUCAGCUCAACAGGAUGAGGUCCGGGUGAUUGAUUUGGUUUGGUUGUUGUAGGUGCAUGCAUGUGAUGGAUUGGUGGUGGGGUGAGUUAUAAGAAUGGUGUAAUUAAUUACUUGUCUGAGUAAUGCAAAGUAGUUUUGUUGCAUCCAAA